AUGGACUGCUUUUCGAAACUCCCUCCUGAGCUCAGGAUCCGAAUUUUCUCCAAGUUCUCGUCCACAGCUACAAUCUUUCGACUCAUGCAAGCAUCUCCAGCAAUGUUUUCUCAGUACAAGGUAUCCAAGACAACUAUAAGACGGCAUUAUGUUGCCAACCUACUCACCGGCGAUCGGCACGAAGACCUUCUACAAGACGCCUUGGGGCUGCUGUAUUUGGGUCCGUCCGACAAUCGACCAGACAAUCACGUCAUGAAAUACAUCAUCAGGCAGUGGAACUCAAAGGCUUUACCCAAUCCUUUUGAGGAAAAGGAUCAGGAUACCAUUGCAAAGCUUUAUAAACUCUUCUCCUCUAUAAGUAUGUUUGUUGAGGACUACAUCAGCAAAGCCACUUCCUCAAACCCGCCUCAAGCCUACCUUUGUCUUCCUCAGAUCACCAACCCAAAUAGAGGGCUUUACUACAAGGAACACAGCUUUAGUCCAAGACAUAUCACCUUAGAUGACUUGAUGUCAUCAGAACGCCAUUUUCUUCUAUGGGCAUUUAUUAAAUACGAGAUGUUCUCCAAGGUUCAAGGACCUAAGGCUGUAUCAUUGAUGGAAGACAACGAAUAUAUGGCUAUUUCUAAAAGAGCAAUUGAUGAACUUACCGACUGCGAGGAUGAAGCAAUUAAAUGCGUUCUUGAGUAUGUCGAUGCUGUAUAUGGGGCUCUUUAUACUGUCUCUACACGUUGCUCAACCAGACAUGCUUCCAGUGCUUUACCAGACAAGCCCGCCAGCCCGAUACGCCUGUUUUACCCAGACAAUCUUUAUUUCAGCCCAUUUAAAGCCUGGGAGGAUAUGGACCUGCCAUCAACAUGUUUACCUGUAAUGGUAGGAUAUGCUUGUAACUUCCCAGAAAUCGGCUUCGAUCUACUCAGAAAUACAGUACUCUUUGCAAACAAGACACAACCCGAAGAUAUGCGGAGUUGGUUUUAUACCAUACAUUCCCCUUAUACAAGGCUGCAGUAUCCAAUUUCUCGCCACUAUCUCCUGCCUCUCCUCAACAGAAUGCGGACAGACUAUCUUUAUCAUCAAGAUGACUCGCCGAGAUCUUUCUUGAUGCGGAGAUUAUCUCAUACUCAUGCAUCCUUAUCUUACAUACAAGUCAAAAUAUUUAGACAACGGGCGUGGGUGUUCCUCGAUGAUACUAGGGUUUUCAGGAUGGGCCUUAGCCACUUCCCUACAAUCGAGGAGCUUGACAAUCAAGGAAACACUGCGUUUGGAACGGAAGCCAUGCUUGAAGAGAAGGAGAGACAACGACUACGCCUUUUGCAACUUUGCCAGUAUCGAAGAGAGUCGGGUAUCGAGGAAACCCAAAGAGAAGGACGGGAGUAUUUGUUCAGCGCAAAUGGUGAGGAUUCCAUUCCUCGCUUCUUUGAUCCACCAGGCAAUAGGGGUGUGACAACAUUUUGGGAAUACUUCUGA